AUGCCAGUGACGAUUAAUAAUUUCUAAUUCAGAUAUGUACAUUUUCAAAUUUCAUCAUUGAUUUUUUACUAAUGGAAAAUAUGUAUAACAUCAUGGAAAUAAUUCUCCCAUAUGCCACGGACUCAAGAGUAAUAUUUGCAGUAGGAUCUGUGUUUGGUUAUUCUUUGUGUAAAUUCAUGACUAUGGCAAAGAGAAGAAGAAAUUAUAGGAAGAAAUCUUCGGAAGAGUCUGAUACAGAAUCUUCUGAAACAGAUAGUAAUGACGCAGUGGAGUACACAGAUGAAUAUGACAAUUACAAGUUAGUUCUAUUGAUUAGAACAGAUUUGAAAAUGGGAAAGGGAAAAGUAGCGGCGCAAUGUUCUCAUGCAGCUGUCGCAGCGUACAAGUCUGCCACAAAAUAUCCAAAAAUCUUGAGAGCUUGGGUGGAAUCUGGCCAGCCUAAGAUCACUCUUAAGGUGGAUAGUGAAAAUGAACUCUUAACCUUGGCAGCGAAGGCAAAAUCCACCGGUUUAUUAUCAAAUGUCAUAAGAGAUGCAGGGCAUACGCAGAUACCAGCAGGAAGUGUAACAGUAUGUGCAGUUGGACCAGGUCCAGCAAAAUUCGUAGACAAAGUAACUGGUCGUUUGAAGCUAUUUUAAUUGUUGAAUAAAAAUUGAUCAUCCACACUCAUUUGGAUCUACAUGUAUAUAUUUUUAGCGAUCUCAUUAUUCACUAUUUAAAUUAUCAGUCUGUCGAGUAUGACAUUCCAAUCAUUAUGUGCACAUAGUGCGUAAGAAACGUCAACUUUAAACUUGUUGCACGUGUGUGUGUACACAUAUACACACACAUACACACACACACUAGAAAGCUAAUAUUACAUGAUCUUUAUUGUCUUUUUUUAUGCUGUUAAAUAGAUUUUUGAAAUUAUAAAUUCUUCUGAAUAUAGGUAUGUAAA